AGACGACAGGGAGGAUCUGAUGAAGAAGAAGAGGAGGCCAGUGAGUAAUAGGGGGAUAAAGAAGACGCUGCCAUGUCGCGAUGGGGAGGGGAAUGGGAGAAGGCUGGCCUCAGCAUUCGACGCAUCUAGCACAUGCCAAAGCCAUGAGCAGCGCAACGAGUGAGCAGACGGACAUGCAGAGACGCACCGAUACACGACGGCCAGCAGGCUCUCGCUGGGCUUGGGCCGGCCGCGCUGAGAGCGCAGGAUGGGGUGGAUGGAUCAGGGUACGGUGCGCCAGAAGGCGUCCAGGUCAUCCGCGGCGGGCUCCUGCUGCGCCUCAGCGGAUACGGAGGUACAAUCCGCGCUCAACAAGACGGCCCAUGGGGCCGGACCGGCGGCACAGGCUCAUUCCCCACAUGUCUGGGGAUGCAAAGGCGGGGCUUCACGUGCAUGCGUGUGUCAGAGGGUUCCCUUUCUUCGAUUCCGCUCAGCCAGCGAGCCAGUCAGUCAGGAAGUCAGCCAGUCGUUCAUCGAGAGCAGACACGACCGGGAGGGGCGACAGUGCCAUAGGGGCGAAGAGAGGCCGACCCAUCGUCCCUCUUGAGCGGCGUGCGCCAUCCCUGCCAGAACAGCGCGUCGAACCGCGUGAAGAGCAGGUGGGAGGCGACGUUCGACGCGGCACCCGGGACGUCGACGCCAGCGCCGAACGUGCGCUCCUUGUCCUUUUUAUAUAGGUAUCAGCGCCGCGUCCAUCCGCGCUGCCGCUGUCCCUUCCGCUUGGGGCGUGGACUGGGGGACCAGUGGGGCUUGGUGUAGUGUAUGUCGUCCAAUGGGGCCACGGCAGAGGAUGACGGUGAAGG